AGCCCAAUUUCUGUAAUAUGUUGAGCUAAACGUAGUUCUUAUUUCCCAAGUCCAGAAACAGAAACAAAAGAAUGCAGUAAUCAUAAUUACAUUUAAAAAGGUGUUUAGGGUAUACUGGUUAAACCUUGUCAGAGAAGCCAGCUGGAGGCAGCGACGUCAUCUAGCGAUCCGCGAGGUUGGAGUUACGUUGUCGGUUUCACACUUUGUUUAGCUUAGCAAUCAGCACUUGAUCGUAAAGGUCAUCAAAGUCCAGAGACAAGCAAACACCAGAACACUGGACUGUUACAUGGGAACAGCAAAGCUCACACAAGCACUUCUCAAAAACACAAAAAAUCCAAAGCUAGCAUGGCAACUCUUCAAGCGCAUUCAAUCAUCACCCACUAAUCCUUCCCUUCUUCCUUCAGUACCCACCAUUGGCCGUAUCCUUCUUCGUUCCAAAAUGCUGCCAGAAAUUGACCAUCUUCACCUCCUUCUCUUAUCCUCACAACCUCAACAAAAUUCUCUUGCUUCGCUUAUUUCCCUUGUCAAACUCUUAGCUAAAUCAGGUUUCUUUGAUAAAGCUUUUUCCCAGUUCCAGUCCAUUAGAACAAAAUUCCCACAAUACACACCUUCUAUUUGUCUGUACAAUGCCCUCUUUGAAUAUUGUAUCAAAGAAAGACGUUCAGAUUGUGUGCUUUGGUUGUAUAAAGAUAUGGUAAUUGCCGGUGUUUCUCCACAGACGUAUACUUUUAAUCUUUUAAUUUGUGGGCUAUGUGAUUUAGGUUAUUUGGAGGACGCCAGAAAGUUGUUUGAUAAAAUGUCUGACAAAGGUUGCGUGCCGAAUGAAUUUAGUUUUGGUAUUUUGGUUCGUGGGUAUUGUAGAUUUGGCCUUGCUAAUAAAGGGUUGGAGCUUUUAGAUGAGAUGAGGAGAUUCGGGUUUUUGCCAAAUAGAGUUGUGUAUAAUACUUUGAUUUCGAGCUUUUGUAAGGAAGGUAAAACUGAUGAUGCGGAAAAAUUAGUAGAAAGAAUGAGAUGGGAUGGUUUGUUUCCAGAUGUCGUGACAUUCAAUUCUAGAAUUUCGGGCCUUUGUAGAGCAGGUAACAUUCUUGAAGCAUCAAGGAUUUUUAGGGAUAUGCAAAUAGAUGAAGAAUUGGGGCUUCCUCGGCCGAAUGCUAUAACCUAUAAUCUAAUGCUUGAGGGGUUUUGUAAGCAAGGGAUGCUGGAGGAAGCAAAGACCUUGGUUGAUUCCAUGGAAAAAAAUGGUGAUUGGAUGAAUUUAGAGAGUUAUAAUAUUUGGUUGUUGGGGUUGCUAAGGAAUGGAAAGUUAAUUGAGGCUCAAUUAGUACUUAAAGACAUGGUUAAUAAGGGUGUGGAACCCAAUAUUUACUCAUAUAACAUUGUGAUGGAUGGGCUAUGCAGGAAUGGGAUGCUUUCUGAUGCAAGAAUAGUGAUGGGUUUUAUUCUAAGGAGUGGUCUUUCUCCUGAUACAGUAACUUAUAGCACUUUACUGCAUGGUUACUGUCGUAAAGGCAAGUUAUAUGAAGCUAAUGAUGUUCUACAUGAGAUGAUGAGAUAUGGUUGUUUACCUAAUACUUAUACGUGCAAUAUUUUGCUGCAUAGCCUAUGGAAAGAGGGUAAAAUAUCAGAGGCAGAACAGUUAUUGCAAAUGAUGAACGAAAAAGGAUAUGAUGUGGAUGCUGUGACCUGCAAUGUUGUAAUUGAUGGUUUGUGCAAAAGUGGGAAAUUGGAAAAAGCUAUGGAAAUUGCAAAUGAGAUGUGGACACAAGGAGGUGCUGCUGUAGGUAACCUAGGAAACUCAUUUAUUGGCCUAGUUGAUGAUGUUGGCAGCAGCAAGAGAUGUCUUCCUGACUUAGUUACAUAUUCAAUCAUAAUUAGUGCUCUAUGCAAGGCUGGAAGGAUAGAUGAAGCUAAAAAGAAAUUCAAAGAGAUGCUGGGUAAAAGCUUGCAACCUGAUUCAGUUAUUUUUGAUACUUUCAUCCAUAUUUUCUGUAAAGAAGGAAAGAUAUCAUCUGCAUUUCGAGUUCUCAAGGACAUGGAGAAAAAAGGAUGCAAUAAGAGCCUACAAACUUAUAAUUCACUGAUACUUGGCUUAGGAAGUAAAAAUCAAAUAUUUGAAAUUUAUGGACUUGUGGAUGAGAUGAGAGAAAGAGGGAUUACUCCUAAUGUUUGCACAUACAAUAAUAUUAUUCAGUCGCUUUGCAAAAAUGGGAAAAUCCAAGACACCACUUCAAUCUUGGAUGAAAUGCUGCAAAUGGGUAUAAACCCUAAUAUUUCUUCCUUCAGGAUAUUAAUAGAAGCUUUCUGCAAGGCAUGUGAUUUUGGAGUAGCGAAGGAGUUAUUUGAGAUUGCUCUUAGUAUAUGUGGCCACAAGGAAGCCUUUUAUAGUUUAAUGUUCAAUGAGUUGCUUGUUGGAGAGCAAGUCUCAGAAGCUAAAGUGGUUUUUGAAGCUGCGUUAGAUAGAUCUUUUCAUCUGGGUGGCUUCCUUUAUAAGGAUCUCAUUGAAAAACUUUGUAAAGAUGGAAAGUUAGAGGAAGCUAGUGGUAUUUUACAAAAGUUGAUCAUAAAAGGAUAUAAAUUUGAUCCUGCAUCAUUCAUGCCGGUGGUUGAUGGCUUGGGUAAAAGAGGAAACAAGCAUGAGGCUGAUGACCUUGCAAAGAAGAUGUUGGAGAUGGCUUCAGAUGGUAGAGUGGCAAAUAAGAUAUAUCGAAGUGUAAGGGAAUCAAUCGAUAGGAAAGAAACAAAGUAUGGUGGAGACGACUGGCAAAGAAUAGUGCACAGAGAUGAUGGCAGUGGAAUCGCUUUGAAAGCUCUUAAGCGAGUACAGAAAGGCUGGGGUCAGGGAAGUUUAUCAAGUUUGCAGCCCCAGAAAACUGAGUUUCUUGAUUACUGGUGAAGCUGGUGGUUUACUGGGGAAGGUUUGCCAUUUUAUAAGAGAGAUUUUAUAAUGCAUGACUACAUUGGAUAAGAUUUCAGACAUCUCCGUUUGGCAACUGAUGUAGGGAUCUGUACAGUGUACUACAAAAAAAAAAAAAGAAGUGAACCUAUUAUUAGUAUGUGAUUAGUGCCUAAAACAGAAAUUCAAAGUAACCCUGUAAGGAUAUUGUAAAAUAAAUGAGAAAUCUCAGUGUCAUUGUAGUUUUACUCA